AUGUCUCAAUUAUGCUCUGGCUACUUUCCUUCACAAGAUAUAGUUAUUACGGAAGUCGUUUAUUACCCGGCCGCCUGUAAUGAGCGAGCGGCCCUGGAAGAAGCGGGCAGGUAUAAUGACGACUGGAGGGAGGGGGGCCGCCUCACGACGAGUGGAAAUUAUAGGACCUGGAGGGGGGCCGCCAAGGCUAUCUGGGAGAGGAUCUCUGGAGAGGGACAUGGUAAUCAGGGAAAACAGAUUACGCUGCCUUGGGAAAAGACUAAAACGCGAGUUAAGCCUGGACGUCCCGGUAGGUACGUGGGCGUUCAAGAACAGCUGGGACACAGCGGCCUUUAUUCAACAACAUCUCUCGAGGAGCCAGUCAACUUGGAAACCGUCUGGAGUCCAAACCUGUUUGAAAUAUGUCAGCGAGGUCCUCAGCUACCACAAGGGAAUAUCCCGAGAUCUGCCUCCUUUAUUCCCACAGGAAGCGGAUGCGGCCUUCGCAGCUGGUCAGGGCAAAAGGAGAAAACGCUGGCGGAUCAUCAGUUUCGCAAUCGCGAUAGGGCGUUGUUGAACAGUUGA